AUGAAAUGCAUUAGGAAGAGAUUGGUUGGCCGAUCUCACCGGAAGAAGACGGCUAAUUCCAGUUGUUCCGCAGCCGUUUGGGUUUACUAUCACAUGCAGGUUGACGCCAUCUACGAGGCAUCCGCCUUCGUUUCCGGUGAAACUGGGGCAGCUUUUGUCCGCGAUUAUAAUCCCUCCCGGGAUACUUAUGAGACUCGAGAGUGUCAAUCGCAAUCGGGCUUAGAUAAGGACGACACUUUGAGACGUAGCGAAGCGAGGGUCACAGCAGAAUCAAGUCUUUGUUUGGCUGCAUUGUUCUUAAAAAUUCUUUCGGUAUCUGUUAGUGGAUCCGGGACCAGAGCGUUUUGGCCGCAUGCGCUGACGGAGCCCAACAGCAUAUCGCAGACCAGUAUGGAUUCCUACUCUGAUGAUGUCUGUCACAGUAUAGACGAAGGCUUAGCACAGUUUCUUCGGGGUCGCAUGACAGUGAUUGGAGGACUUGUUUGCACAAUUCGACAGUCUCUCCUACGUGACAAUCCUCCUUCGGUUUCCGGUGAGACCGCAUCACGAAUUCAUUCCAGCCAAUUUUUCCUUAAAAAUGAAAAUCGGCGGAUUGUCUUCCUGUUAAAAGCUGAUCCUCCAGAAUUCAUUAUCCGAUUCGCUCUUUUGGAGGGCCUUGCUCACAAACCCACCAUGCAUGCAACACUUCUUGGCUGUCUUCUCGUCAAAACCUUACAUUUCAGCCACCGAAAGCAAUCCUGA